UCAGGGGAGGUCAGCCCCAGUCAGGGACAGUCAGCCAUCCAGAAGCCCGUGCACCAUGACGGUCCCUGCCCUGGCCAGUGUCUCUGGGCUCCUGCAGGUGGCCUCCCUGCUCGGGCUGCUGCUACUUCUCCUCAAGGCAGCACAGCUCUACCUGCGCAGACAGUGGCUGCUCAAAGCCCUCCAGCAGUUCCCGUCCCCUCCUUCCCACUGGCUCUAUGGACACAGCAGGGAGUUUCAAGAGGAAAGCGAGCUGCCACCCCUCCUGAAAAGGGUAGAGAAAUACCCAAGUGCCUGUGCUCUCUGGCGGUGGGGAACAAGAGCCAUGGUACUGGUCUAUGACCCUGACUACAUGAAGGUGGUCCUGGCGAGAUCAGACCCCAAGACUUCUGUUGUCUACAGACUGCUGAUCCCCUGGAUUGGCUGUGGUUUGCUCCUGUUGAAUGGGCAGACGUGGUUCCAGCGUCGGCGGAUGCUGACCCCAGCCUUCCACUAUGACAUCCUGAAGCCCUACGUAGGUCUCAUGGCCAAGUCUGUCCAAGUGAUGCUGGACAAGUGGGAGCAGCUCGUCGCCCAGGACCCACGUCUGGAGAUCGUGGGACCCGUCUCCUUGAUGACCCUGGACACCAUCAUGAAGUGCGCCUUCAGCCACCAGGGCAGCGUCCAGACAGACGGGGAUUCCCACUCCUACAUCCAGGCCAUUUGGGAUCUCAAAAAUCUCUUUUCUACCCGUACGAAGAGUGCCUUUCUCCAGAAUGACAUCAUCUACAGGCUGAGCCCUGAAGGCCGUAAGAACCACCGUGCCGCCAGGAUAGCCCAUCAACACACAGACCGAGUGAUCCAGCUGCGGAAGGCGCAGCUGCAAAAGCAGGGAGAGAUGGAGAACGUGAGGAAGAAGAGGCACUUGGAUUUCCUGGACAUCCUCCUCCUUGCCCGAGUGAGUGUUGGGGGCAUAGGCUUGAGGCUUUGCCCAGAAGCACAGAGGAAGGGGCAAAGCUGCACUCUCCCCCUGCCUCCUCAGAUGGAGAAGGGGAACAGCUUGUCGGACACCGACCUCCGUGCCGAAGUGGACACGUUCAUGUUCGAGGGUCAUGACACCACAGCCAGUGGCAUCUCCUGGAUCCUCUAUGCUCUGGCCUCCCACCCUGAGCAUCAGCAGAGAUGUCGGGAGGAGAUCCAAGGCCUCCUGGGGGACGGCACCUCCAUCACCUGGGACCACCUGGACCAGAUGCCCUACACCACCAUGUGCAUCAAGGAGGCCCUGAGACUCUAUCCGCCAGUACCAGGAGUUAGCAGAGAGCUCAGCAAGCCCAUCACCUUCCCUGAUGGACGCUCCUUACCUGCAGGAAUCAUCCUCUCGCUCUCCAUUUACGGCCUUCACCACAACCCGCAGGUGUGGCCGAACCCAGAGGAGUUUGACCCAUCCCGGUUUGCACCGGGUUCUGCUCGACACAGCCAUGCCUUCAUGCCCUUCUCAGGAGGAUCCAGGAACUGCAUUGGGAAGCAGUUUGCCAUGAACGAGAUGAAGGUGGCUGUGGCCCUGACCCUGCUCCGCUUUGAGCUGGCACCAGAUCCCUCCAGGAAGCCCAUUGCCACUCCAGAAGUCGUGUUGAACUCCAAAAAUGGGAUCCACCUGAAGCUUCGCAAGCUCCCGUAACCGCUGGGGGGACAAGGACCAGCUCUGAAGGCCUCCUGCUGGCCACCCUGUCUUGCUGUCCCUCUCCCCUGUCCCCUGCCUCUUUGCCCCCUUCUCUUGGGCCACCUGCAAGGCGACUUCAUGCCCUGCCUCCUGCCUCAUCGGACAUUCUGCCCUUCUCCCUCUCACCUCUCUCCAGGCUCCCUGUCUGUGUAUCUGUCCAUCUGUCUCUGAACCACCCGGAUCUCUGCCUGUCCACCUAAAUAGCCACCACCUGCCGUCCUCCAGUCGGUCUGCCCUCUCCCUGUCCUUCUGCCUUUCUGCUUUUCUGUCUGUCCAUGGAUUCAUUUCCUUUUGCUGCUCCAAUAAGUUCCAACAAGCUUAGUGACUUAACACAACACAAAACCACCCUCUGAUGGGUCUGGAAUCAGACGUCUGAAAUGGGUGUGGCUGGACCACAGCAACGAUGUCGGCAGGACCCCUAUGUAGGGAUGGGAGAGAAACUCUCUCUCUCUCUCUCUCUGCCUUGUUGAGGCUUGAGAGCUGCAGUCCUUGCAUUCCUUGGCGCCUGGAGGCUCCUCCACGUUCAAAUCCAGUGCCAUCUCUAAAUGGCCCUCUAGGUCCGUCUUCACAUCACCUGCACUUUCAUAAGGGCAUUGGUGGACUCACGGGCCCACUCAGAGAAAACACAGCUACUCUGAGGCUCCGAGAAUCCCAGGUGGAUGCCUUGGGCAGCCAUUGCUCAGCCUGCCAAAUCCUGGGUGGCUAGCAUCACUCUGGGCCCCCAUCUGUCCCGUGCCUUGGGGGUCUACAUGUUUGUCCCUCACGUGGCCUCCCUUCUGUCCGACUCCCUGAUAAAGUUCGCUGUGUCACCUGGA